AUGCGUAACUUUGGUAACUCACUCAACCCCCUCAAUCAUAUUCCAGGCAUGAUCAAGAACUUCGGUCGUAAUGCCCCGGAAGCUCCGCCGCCCGUUGCCAGGCCGCUUUCCCCGGCAGCAAUUGAACGCCUACGAAUCAACACGCCCAAUGAGAACGCGAGCGGGACAGCAAGUCCUGCGACCUUGCUUCCCCAUAUUGACCCUCCCAUCCAGAGGUUCGUUGAGACACAAGAUGCCCGCGAUCUUCGGAUUGGCGAUGUCGCUGUUCUACUGGAGGACUACAAGCGGCUUGCUGCAGCCCUUAAAGCAGGCGCAGUGUCUCGUUGA